CUGGCAUUCCCUUCCAUUCUUGUUGUAGUCUUCUUUAGAUUUGAAUGAUAAGAAGGUGGUGGUUGGGAGGUUGGCAGAAAUUAGGCGACAAAAAAGUAGUUGGGGGACUUUGUUUUGAGGGGCAUUUUGCGGUGGUAAACUGAAGAUCCAAGUUUGAUGGAACUCUCCAACCAAACUGAUCCUUUGUCUUUAACUUGUGGAGUUUUAACAUUUAGAUUAGCUAAUGAUAUAUCUGUACAAAUUAAAAAAAAUUACUAAUUCGGAAUAAUCUUGAGGUGUUCUGAUUAAUGCAAGCCGAAGACAUUAAUGAACCGCCAGUUGUCACUUUCAGUAGGAAAGUUAGGUCACUUUCUCAUUUAUUUCCAUUGUAUGACUAACCACCAAAGGUUUUGUUUUUUUUUACAUUGCCCUGUGCUUCCACACCUUUCAUUUAUUAGUGUGCCCCCAUCAUUCACCGGGAAAUUUCGAUAUAGUAUAUGCAGGUUUAACAUUUGCUAUAACUAUUUCAUGGUGUCGUUUUCUCUCUUCCCCUGUUUUCCGUUUCCUUGUCUGUUCAUUGCCCAUUUACUUGAAACAUAUGAUCUCUUGUUGUCGUGUGUGAGCUGUCAAAGCUUAUUUUCUUGAGCCAUAAAGCUUUCUCUGUGUGGUGUCUACUCCCCCCCCCCUUUUUUGUUAUGGCUCCUUUCUCCUAUUUCUUGUGAUCGCUUUGAGUAGAGUCUUUCAUCAAUGGAAAACAAGUACUUUGCUUUCCUUUGGAUUUGGCUUUCGAAUGCAUUCUCUGCUGCUUCUUGGCUCCCAAGAAGCAUUAUCCGCGAUGGGUUUUGCAGAGUUUUGACAUUUAGAAGGGAAAGAAAGAUGGAGAACAAGAAGAACUGGGAAACUGAGAGGGAAAACCGAGUUUCACUUCUUGAUUUGCCUGAACUGGCAUUAGAAUUGGUACUCGAGAAGCUUUCUCCAGCUGAACUAUGCGUUAUGGCUUGUGUUUGCUCUGAGUUAAGGGAGAGGUGUAUGAGCGAUCAUCUAUGGGAGAAACACAUGAAGAACAAAUGGGGAAGAUUGAUGGGAGAUGCAGCGACUAGAGAGUGGCGGUCUCAUGUCGCAGCAAAGAUGAGUUGUCUCAGAAGAUCAAACCGAAGUAACACAAAUUGGAAUCUUCUCAGUGUUCUUGCGAAAUCGAUGCCCUUCUCGUUGUUGAGUGCAAAGACAGAACUCGGAAACAACGGGAAUGGCGGAGCUGAGGAGACAAGCUCAUGUCUCUCGGUGAUGUCUUGGUACUCUUCUCUUGAAAAUGGCAAGUUCUCAUUCCCAGCCCAAGUUUUCAACCGCGAGAAUGGUCAUGUUGGAUUCAUGAUGUCAUGUUACGAUGCAGAAAUCAGAUACAACUCAAAGCUUGAUACUUUCCGAGCUAGAUACUCCCCGUGCGGUCGGCGUACAGCGGAGGAAAACGUCACGUGGGAGAGGCUUAGAUCGCCGCCUGUCGACACGCCGUCACGUGCUCUGCACGAGUCGGAUUGCUUACACGAACUCAGACCCGAUGACCAUGUCGAGAUCCAGUGGAGAAGAAGCAAGGAGUUCCCUUAUGGAUGGUGGUACGGAAUCGUGGGUCACCUCCAAAUCUGCAGCGGACACGAGAAGAACUGUCUCUGUGAAUCUGACGAGAAUGUGGUGUUGGAAUUCAGACAGUUCAGACCGGAGUCGCCGUGGAGAACGACGGUGAUAAGGAGGACGGACCACCGGGAAACGGGCAACGAAUCCGACGGCUUCUAUGGCGGCGUAAGGAAAUUGUACGCAAAGGAAGAGAUUUCAACGUGGAAUCGUUUAUGGCCGACCCAAGUGUUGGAAUAAAUUUAGCGUUUCCGAACAGAAAAAAAGCAGGAUUUUUUGGAGUAGGGGAGGAGCAAGAACCCUAGCACAGCAGUCAGUGUCUGAGAAAUGGCAAACAGUGUGAAAAGUGCGAAGGCCAACAUGCAGAAUUCCUCAAAGUUUUGGAAGGAUCAGAAUUUUGUGGGAGAGUUUUAGGUUGAGAUUUUCAAUUAGGUGGGUUUUCUAAUGUACAAGUUUGGGGUUUGUCUUGAUUUCUGUGAUGUGAAAACAGGUUUUGGGAGUGAUUUUUAUUUAUUUUUUGUUUCUUUACACAACAAAUACAUAUCAUUGACAACUUAACUUAUCGUAUUAAAAAUACCAUGUAAUUUUCUCAA